UAAUAAUAAUAAAAUCAAAUCUCUCUGUAUUUGCUCUAUUUUUACAUACUCACAACAAUGGAUUCUGUAUAAAUAUACUGUGAAAUUGAAGCAGACGAGAAAGCCCCUCUCCCAAUGAUGGUUGCCUCCGGAACCAAUUCCUUCGCCAAGGAGAUGGCCAUCCGCAAGCGGAUUGCCAGCAUAUUUAAUAAAAGAGAAGAGGAUUUCCCAUCAUUGACAGAGUACAAUGAUUACUUGGAGGAAGUGGAAGACAUGAUAUUCAACUUGGUUGAAGGAAUAGAUGUUCCUGCUAUUGAAGAAAAAAUUGCAGAGUACGAGAAAGAAAAUGCUGAACAAAUUAUGAAUGCUCAAGCACGUAAGGCCGAAGAGUAUGCAGCAGCAUUGGCUGCAAGCAAAGGACAGCCUGCACAGGCUGAUGGUGAUAUGAGCAUGAGCCAGAGCUCCCAAGUAGGGGUCGCUGCUGGUGCGUAUGCCCCUGCAGUUGCUGGGGGUGGAAUUGCGCAGCCACGGCCAACAGGCGUGGCUCCACUGCCUAUUCCAAUUGGAUCUAAUCAUGACAUGCAAGGGUAUGAUAUUGAUGAUGAAGAAAUGAUGAAACUUCGAGCAGAGAGAGGUAUAAGGGCAGGAGGAUGGAGCGUCGAAUUGAGCAGGAAACGGGCACUUGAAGAAGCCUUCAGUAGCAUUUGGAUUUGAGUAGAUAUCUGAGCUCAUGUGCUAGUUGGCUUGCUGCUUUACAAGAGGAAGGUGACACAAUUUACUAUCAGAUUUUUAAAUACGAGAGAGAGGGGGAGAGAGAGAGAGAGAGAGAGAGAGAGCAGUUAGUGAUAUCAGUGAAGUGUAAUGACUGUAUGUAUGUUCUGUAUGGUUAUAAUUAUUUAUCAUGUCCUGUUCUGGUUUGGUUCACGCAUUUUUAGCAUUAAUUUUUUUUUCUUUUUUAGAUUUUUUUUACACGAUUAAAAAUGUAUUACAAAUAGAAUUAUCGUUCAUCAUUA